GGGCGGGCCGCGCGAACGCUAUCGACAACUCCGAUGACUCCGUAGUUCCUACUCCGUACCAGUUUGCCCGUGCCGAUCGACACGUCGAGUACGUGCAUUUAGGUAUCCCCGCUGCAGUGGGGAAGACGUAAGUAGUAAGUGGCAGAAACUGGCGCAAUGAGGUAUCUGGCAGCCCUCGACGUCGGCACGACGACAAUACGCUGCCACAUAGUCGACGACAGGGGUUGCAGCGUGGCCACGAGCUUCGAAAAGAUGAAACUAUUGUAUCCAAAAAUCGGUCAUAUUGAAAUCGAUCCAGAUUGGUUGUGGGAGGCCAUUAUUCGUGUUAUUAAAAAAUGCUUUAGUGAAAGCGAAAUCGAACCAUCGAAAGUCGAAGCUUUAGGUAUUUCUACUCAACGUUGCAGUGUUAUCACAUGGGACCUUGAAUCUGGAAAACACUAUCACAACUUUAUAACAUGGAAAGAUUUACGUGCAGAUUCAAUGGUAAAGGAAUGGAAUUCAUCUUUCGCAAUGCACUGUUUGCGGCUGGGUUCGCGACUAUUAUAUACGAUUUUCCGAAAUAAGAGAUAUCAAGCAGGAAGUGUACUCCGGCUCAUGAAUACCCAGAUGACUUUACGCUUGUUAUGGGCUUUGGAAAAUGUGAAAGGACUGAGAGAUGCUGCUAUUAGUGGAAAGGCUGUGUUUGGAGGCGUUGACUGCUGGCUCCUUUACAAAUUGACCGGCCAACAUGUAUCAGACGUGUCAAGUGCAUCGGCGUCAGGUCUAUUCGAUCCUUUUACCAUGCAAUGGGCAGGUUGGGCGCAAAUGCUUUUCAAACUACCGGCAACGAUGUUUCCACGAGUCGUUGACACCGCGGGUGAUUUUGGCUCUAUACCAGCUUCGCUAUUCGGUGUCGAGAUUCCAAUAACCUGUUCAAUGGCCGAUCAGGCUGCCUCACUUUUUGGUUCCGGCUGCUUCGAGCCCGGCGACAUGAAGCUCACCAUGGGAACUGGUAGCUUCAUUAACGUCAAUACUGGCAAGGAACCGCACGCCAUGAUUACCGUUCUAUAUCCAUUAAUUGGAUGGCGCUAUGGGAAUGAGUUAGCUUAUGUCGUUGAAGGAUCUUCAAAUGAUACUGGAACUGUGAUCGAAUGGACGAAAUCAUUAGAAUUAAUUGAAAAUCCAUUGGAUACGUAUACAUUAGCGACUUCGGUAAACGAUUCCGACGGGGUUUACUUUAUACCUGCCUUCAGCGGUUUACAGGCACCCAUUAGUAAUCAUAAUGCUGCGGCUGGAUUUCUUGGAAUCAAACCAACUACCCAGAAAGCUCAUCUUGUGCGUUCAAUGCUCGAAAGUUUGGUAUUUAGAAUUCUUUUGUUAUACGAGUGCAUUCAGCGGGAAACGAAAUUUUCAUAUCGAUCUAUAAGGGUUGAUGGCGGGGUAUCACAAAAUGACUUUGCCAUGCAACUUUUAGCUGAUUUAACCGGAUUGAAUGUAGAACGGAGUACAAGUAUUGAAAUGUCGGUUUUGGGAGUCGCGUAUUGCGCUGGACUACAGAAAGGUAUUUGGAAGAGUAAAGAAGAAAUUAUGAAAUUGCGAAAAGUUGAAAAAAUAUUUUGUCCUAAUAAAGAAAGGCAGUCAGCAUACAAGACGACAAUAGAAAAUUGGAAGAAAGCAGUAACAAGAUUUAAAGAUUGGUACUGACAACAUAAUCCUACAUACAAAUAGAUGGAAUAUAUUAAGGAGAGAAACAUGAAAUACAUUAUUUGUGUCACUAUUUGUAUUUAUUAUUGGCUUAACGGUUGAAAGCAAUGGAGUAGAUUGAUAAAUCUAACCGUAUAAAUAAUAAAUGCUUCGAAAUCAUUUUCGAAACGACUACAUCUACUUAGAAGAUAGCGGCUAAAUAUAUAUAUAACAAGAAUAAAAAGCCAGAGUCAGCUCAAUGAAAUGGAAACCAUGUUUAUGCGAAGCACAAAUUUGCAAGAUCGCAAAUCCCGACUGCGAUGCUCGAAUUUCAAAGAUGAUGAAAGAAAACCAGUGCACCUAACUGAUAUAUCUAUUGUACGCCAGUGAACUUUGGUCUCAGUAAAUCAACUUGUGCCCAAAUUUAUUUGCUGGUGUGUGACGAUGAAUUCGCCAUUUUUCAUUAAUUAUAAUCAAUUGAGUGGAAUCGAAGUUCGUGGGAACACUACGUUGCCUUAUCGGUUUGCGAUCAGUAGUCAUCCGAAGUGUCUGCGUAUUUUUGUUUAAACCAGCCUAGUUCAGAUACAAUCAACGUUUUAAAUUGUUAUUUCAUUGGAAUAUUUGGAAUUUACUUCACUGCUUGAUUACAAUCAAAAUCCGCAAUCAUGGCGGAAGUGGUCCUGGAUAUGAGUGAAGCGGACGAUCAGGUAAACGAGAAAUCCAAAUCCAUAUUGGUUGAUGCUAACAAAGCAGAAGUAUGCAGAUUGGAUUUAAAGCCGCAAGAGACUACGUUAUUGAUUGAUCAAGUAC